CUAUAUGAUAACACGACCUGAACAGUUAUCAGACAUUCUCAUCUGAGGUUCAGUGACUGUUCUGAUCAACUGCAUGUUUGCUUUAAAGUGGUUUUCUGGGAAAGCUGCAGAGUUAAGUCAGUGAAGGGUGAAAUGGAAGCUGUGCUUGGACUUUUCCUGAUUCUCCUCAGAGUUUCCCACGGCAUGGAAAACUUCUGUGAUGGCAGACAGAAUGGAGCUCAGUUUUACGGACCUUUGGGAGGAACUCUGGUUCUCCAGCUGAUGGACAAAGUCAACGACAAAGGAACGGUUCUAUUAAAAAACAGCACAAAAACAUUAUUAGAAAUUAAACAGGGAUCCAUACGUUACUACACUGAAAAUAAAUUCUUCUUUACUCCUGAUAAUGGAACAUUAAGAAUCAAUAACCUGAGCAGGACUGACAGUGGUGAACAUAAGGUUUCACUAUAUUAUGAAGGACGUCUAAUUAAGACACAGACUGUGAACAUACAUGUUCAAGCUCCAGUGUCUUCUGUCAGUUUCUCCACUGUGUGUCUGUUCCUGGGAGAGAUGAAGGUGUCGUGCUCCUCUCAGCGAGGAGACGAUCCUCAGUACAGCUGGACUCUGAAUGGAAGUCCACUGACAGAGAAUGAACUCCUGUCUGGAAACCAUCUGAACAAGACCAUCACCUUGAAACAGCAUGUGCAUGGUCUAUUGAAGUGCUCCGUCAGUAAUUACAUCAGUCACAGCUCCUACACUGACCAAAUAUCCACCUGUGGCAUGGAAAACUUCUGUGAUGGCAGACAGAAUGAAACUCAGUGUUACGGACCUUUGGGAGGAACUCUGGUUCUCCAGCUGAUGGACAAAGUCAACGUCAAAGGAACGGUUCUAUUAAAAAACAGCACACAAACAUUAUUAGAAAUUAAACAGGGAUCCAUACGUUACUACAUUGAAAAUAAAUUCUUCUUUACUCCUGAUAAUGGAACAUUAAGAAUCAAUAACCUGAGCAGGACUGACAGUGGUGAAUAUAAGGUUUCACUAUAUUAUGACGGACGUCUAAAUAGGACACAGACUGUGAACAUACAUGUUCAAGCUCCAGUGUCUUCUGUCAAUUUCUCCACUGUGUGUCUGUUCCUGGGAGAGAUGAAGGUGUCGUGCUCCUCUCAGCGAGGAGACGAUCCUCAGUACAGCUGGACUCUGAAUGGAAGUCCACUGACAGAGAAUGAACUCCUGUCUGGAAACCAUCUGAACAAGACCAUCACCUUGAAACAGCAUGUGCAUGGUCUAUUGAAGUGCUCCGUCAGUAAUUACAUCAGUCACAGCUCCUACACUGACCAAAUAUCCACCUGUGGCUUCAUCUUCAUCAACUGCACAUUAAAUGAAACGCAUAUAUCCAAAUGGGUGUUCAAGGCCAAUAAUACACUGUGUAUUCACCCAACAACAAUCCCCACCACGGUUCCUACUGCGGGUAAGACGUCAAUGUCACUCAAACCCACCACCAAUAUCACAAACUUCAAUCAAACUGUGACUCCCUCCAGUGAUGUGCCCUGGUUCAUCACCCACUGGCAGGUGAUGGUUGGUGUACUCGUUGUACUCAUACUUCUCCUAUUGGUUGCAGUGUCUGUCUGUCUGAUGACUCAACAGAAAAAGGGAAACAAUGGACGAGGAGUUACAGAUGGAGUUGAUCAGGAGUUGACCUACGCUAAUGUUAACAAAGUUCAGAGGAGGCAGGAGAAGACGGCGGCGGAGGACACGGUGGAGUACGGACAAAUCUUUUUCAAGGAAAAACCAAGGCAAACAGCAAAUCCAGUUCAAGAUGAAUGUAUAUAUUCCAGUGUGGUGACGAAGCCGAGACAACAACUACGUUGAAUUUAUGUACAGUAUUUAUGAAACUUUUCAAUCCUUGGGUUUCACCCUGGUGUUUAAGAACAGUGUUUAAUAAUAGUGUUUUAUAACAAUUUAUGUAUUAGCAGAAGGUAAAAAUACCAUUUCUGUAAGCCACACUUCCCACCUCGGCCGUGCCAAAUUCACAGGUUUUAUUGCUUUAUCAUGUGACAAACAAAACUUUGUACCCGGCGUGCUGUUGAUGAUCAUGAGUCAGGACUGAAAGGACAGAUUCCAUUUCCUGCCAAAAGGCCCUUUUUAGAUGGUUAACAUGUGCAAAAUGAACAUUCUUCUGGUGUGGAUAAAGGCAACAGCAUGCUGGCACGGCAGUGUAAAUGUGUGAAAGCUGUAAAUGGAUGUAAGAUAAAUGUGAAUAUUUUAAUUAUCCUGGUUUGACUUCUGGGCUCUCUCACGAAAUAUUUGGUCUAUGAUGCACUCUCGCAGUCCUUUCCCAACAACGCAUGCAACAGCGAUAACUGGCCUAGUGAUUACAUUUGUUUGGUGAAUUUCAGAAUUGCAGUUAUCACAGAGUUCCUCUCUGUGGAUAGUACUUCUUGUUUAGAAGAUCUUGCAACACUUGCCAACUUCUCCUUCGAACGAUUUGUGUCUAUUUAGAAAAAUGCACGUCCAGUCGGUAAGUGGGCCUGAGCGCCAACGCUCUGUCGUUUGGAAUUGUUUCGUGAUCGAAGCAGGUUACAAAUUUUGAUUUGAUAGUUUAAGGUCAAAGGCUGACUGUAAUUCAGCAUCAUAAAAUGUGUGUUUAUGACAUGUGAUAGUCCAUGUGUCCUCAAACAACCACCUGAGCUCUGAAUGUGCUCACUCAGACACAUUCAACUCUACAACUGGCAAAGUGAGCAAAUAAUUCACAACAGAAAAACAACAAUAGGUAAUAAUCCCGCUGUGACUUGUUAACCUUUUAAUUUGACACAUGACACAGUAAAACCCUGAACUCAUGAUGUUUAGCAUCAUAAAAAUCACACUGGUCUCAUACGAAAAUUAUGCAAACAAAAUGACACAAAAUGAAAGCCGUUUGUUGUUACUGAGAGUUCUGAUGAUGUUAAUACCUCUAGUUGUACUUUUAUUUUCAAAGAUCUAUUUCUUGCAGUACUCAGCAUUUAUAAAGGACAACCAGAUGACAUGUGACUUUUUCUCAGGCCCAGACAAAAAGGACAUUUUCUUAAUGUGGCCCACAUUCUAAACUGUAACUAAAAUAUCCAAAAAUGAAGGAAAGGAAAAACCAUUUAAAUUUUCAGGUCCCCGAACACAAUCAACGCAAAUAAACACAUACUGUAGAUUUGGA